UCCAAAUGGCCGACAAUCGAACGUUUGCGGUUUUUGCGUUAUUUGUGUAAUUUUGCUCAAUGAGUUCAUUUUUGAUGUGUGAUUUGUGUAUUUCAACAAUUUCAUAGGGAAAUAGACACAAAGGCGGUCAGCCAUGUCGCUGCCGCCGUACCUGCUGGGGCCCAAUCCCUGGGCCACCAUGAUGGCGCAGCAGCAACUGGCGGCGGCACAACAAGCGGCCCUACAGGCCCACGCCGCCGCGGCUGCCGCUGCGCCACCGGUGCCCCCGGCUCAGCCCCCCAAACCGCACCAUAUACCUGAAGAGAAGAUCAAGGAAAAAGCCCAAAAAUGGCUUCAAAUCCAAUCGAAACGUUUUGCCGAAAAGCGCAAAUUCGGCUUCGUCGACGCUCAGAAAGAGGACAUGCCACCAGAACACAUUCGGAAGAUCAUCAGAGACCAUGGCGAUAUGACGAGUCGCAAGUACAGACACGACAAACGAGUCUACCUUGGAGCGUUGAAGUACAUGCCUCAUGCUGUCAUGAAGCUUUUAGAAAACAUGCCCAUGCCCUGGGAACAGAUUAGAGAUGUCAAAGUACUAUACCACAUCACUGGUGCUAUUACGUUUGUGAACGAGAUCCCGUGGGUGAUCGAGCCGGUCUACAUUGCCCAGUGGGGAACAAUGUGGAUCAUGAUGCGUCGUGAAAAGCGCGACCGUCGCCACUUCAAACGUAUGAGGUUCCCACCAUUCGACGAUGAGGAACCUCCUCUCGACUAUGCUGAUAACAUUCUAGACGUGGAACCAUUGGAACCUAUCCAAAUUGAGAUGGACCCUGAAGAAGACGCCGCAGUUGCCAACUGGUUUUAUGACCACAAGCCUCUCUUAGGUACGAAGCAUGUCAAUGGAUCAACAUACAGGAAAUGGAACUUGACAUUACCACAGAUGGCGACUUUGUACCGCCUCGCCAAUCAGCUGUUGACAGAUCUGGUAGAUGAUAACUAUUUCUACUUGUUUGACUCGAAGAGUUUCUUCACGGCUAAAGCUCUGAACAUGGCUAUACCUGGAGGGCCAAAGUUUGAGCCUCUUGUGAAAGACAAUUCAGCGGGGGAUGAAGACUGGAAUGAGUUCAAUGACAUCAACAAGAUCAUCAUCAGACAGCCAAUCCGGACAGAGUACAGGAUUGCUUUCCCCUACCUGUACAACAAUCUGCCGCAUUUUGUUCAACUGUCUUGGUAUCACACCCCAAACGUCGUGUACAUCAAGACCGAAGACCCUGACCUGCCGGCCUUCUACUUCGACCCCCUCAUCAACCCGAUAUCUCACCGACAUUCCAUCAAGUCCAGCCAAGACCCUCUGCCGGAGGAAGAAGACUUUGUUCUUCCCGAAGAGGUGUCACCAUUCCUGCAGGAGACUGCCCUGUACACGGACAAUACUGCGAAUGGUAUUGCGCUCUUGUGGGCGCCUAGGCCCUUCAAUAUGAGAUCUGGACGCACGCGCCGCGCCAUCGACGUGCCCCUAGUGAAAACUUGGUACAAGGAGCAUUGCCCUCCCGGCCAGCCAGUCAAAGUCAGGGUCUCCUACCAAAAACUACUAAAGUACUAUGUACUCAACGCUUUGAAACACAGACCGCCGAAGCCGCAGAAGAAAAGAUACCUGUUCCGCUCAUUCAAGUCAACUAAGUUCUUCCAAACCACGACCCUGGACUGGGUGGAGGCUGGCCUGCAGGUCUGCAGGCAAGGCUACAACAUGCUGAACCUGCUCAUCCAUCGCAAGAACCUAAACUACUUGCAUCUCGACUACAACUUCAACUUGAAGCCCGUCAAGACACUCACCACGAAAGAGAGAAAGAAAUCGCGGUUCGGUAAUGCAUUCCAUCUCUGCCGCGAGAUCCUGCGCCUGACAAAGCUCAUCGUGGACUCACACGUGCAGUAUCGACUGAACAACGUGGACUCGUUCCAACUGGCCGACGGUCUCCAGUAUAUCUUCGCACACGUCGGCCAGCUGACAGGAAUGUACCGGUACAAAUACAAACUCAUGAGGCAGAUCCGAAUGUGCAAGGAUCUCAAACAUCUCAUAUACUACAGGUUCAAUACGGGCCCAGUAUCAAAAGGACCGGGCUGUGGUUUCUGGGCCCCCGGAUGGCGCGUGUGGCUGUUCUUCAUGCGCGGGAUCACGCCGCUGUUGGAGCGGUGGCUGGGCAACUUGCUGUCCCGGCAGUUUGAGGGGCGACACUCCAAAGGUGUCGCAAAGACGGUGACGAAGCAGCGAGUCGAGUCUCACUUCGACUUAGAGUUGCGCGCGUCUGUGAUGCACGACAUCGUGGACAUGAUGCCCGAAGGCAUCAAGCAGAACAAGGCGCGAACCAUCCUGCAGCACUUGUCGGAAGCCUGGAGAUGCUGGAAGGCCAAUAUUCCUUGGAAGGUGCCAGGCCUGCCAACGCCGAUAGAGAACAUGAUCCUACGUUACGUCAAGAUGAAGGCCGAUUGGUGGACCAAUACAGCACAUUACAACCGCGAGCGCAUCCGGCGCGGCGCCACCGUCGACAAGACCGUCUGCAAGAAGAACCUCGGACGACUGACGCGGCUGUACCUCAAAGCUGAGCAGGAACGACAGCACAACUAUUUGAAGGAUGGUCCAUACAUCUCUCCCGAGGAAGCUGUGGCAAUCUACACUACUACCGUGCACUGGUUGGAGUCUCGGCGCUUCGCCCCGAUCCCCUUCCCCCCGCUGUCAUACAAGCAUGACACUAAACUGCUGAUCUUAGCUCUUGAGCGGUUGAAGGAGGCGUACAGCGUCAAGUCUCGACUGAACCAGAGUCAGAGGGAGGAACUCGGGUUGAUUGAACAGGCGUACGAUAACCCUCAUGAAGCCUUGUCGAGAAUCAAGCGUCAUUUGUUGACUCAGAGGACUUUCAGAGAGGUGGGCAUAGAAUUCAUGGACCUGUACUCUCACCUGGUACCAGUAUACGACGUGGAGCCUCUAGAAAAGAUCACGGACGCGUACCUCGACCAGUAUCUAUGGUACGAGGCGGACAAGAGGCGCCUGCUGCCGCCGUGGGUCAAACCCGCAGACACUGAACCCUCGCCUCUGCUGGUCUACAAGUGGUGCCAAGGCAUCAACAACCUGCAAGACGUGUGGGAGGUAGGCGAGGGUGAAUGCAACGUGCUACUGGAGUCACGGUUCGAGAAGCUUUACGAGAAGAUAGAUCUGACGUUGCUCAACCGACUGCUGAGGUUGAUCGUCGACCACAACAUCGCCGAUUACAUGACUGCGAAGAACAACGUCGUUAUUAAUUACAAGGACAUGAAUCACACCAACUCGUACGGCAUCAUCCGCGGUCUUCAGUUCGCGUCUUUCAUCGUCCAGUACUACGGUCUAGUGCUGGACUUGUUAGUGCUCGGUCUGCAACGGGCUUCAGAAAUGGCCGGCCCGCCGCAGUUACCCAACGACUUCCUGUCGUACCAGGACAGACAGACAGAAACUGCGCAUCCGAUUCGGUUGUACUGUCGGUAUAUAGACAGGAUCCAUAUCUUCUUCAGGUUCACAGCGGAAGAAGCGCGCGAGUUGAUCCAGCGCUACCUGACAGAACACCCAGACCCUAACAACGAGAACAUCGUCGGCUACAACAACAAGAAGUGCUGGCCGAGAGACGCGCGCAUGCGCCUCAUGAAGCAUGAUGUCAAUCUUGGUCGUGCCGUGUUCUGGGACAUAAAGAACCGGCUGCCGCGGUCGGUGACCACGAUCCAGUGGGAGAACAGCUUCGUGUCCGUCUACUCCAAGGACAACCCCAACCUACUGUUCAACAUGGCUGGCUUCGAAUGCAGGAUACUGCCCAAGUGCCGCAGCCAACACGAGGAGCUAUCCCACCGAGACGGUGUAUGGAACCUUCAGAACGAGGUGACCAAGGAGCGCACGGCGCAGUGCUACCUCCGCGUGGACGACGAGUCGCUCGCUCGCUUCCACAACCGCGUGCGACAAAUACUGAUGGCGUCCGGCUCCACUACCUUCACCAAGAUUGUUAACAAGUGGAACACAGCUCUCAUUGGUCUCAUGACAUACUUCCGCGAAGCCGUGGUCAACACUCAGGAACUUCUCGACCUGCUAGUGAAAUGCGAGAACAAGAUACAAACGCGUAUCAAGAUCGGAUUGAACUCCAAAAUGCCUUCGCGUUUCCCUCCCGUGGUGUUCUACACGCCAAAAGAGUUGGGAGGGCUCGGCAUGUUGUCUAUGGGACACGUUUUGAUUCCACAGUCGGACCUCCGCUGGUCGAAGCAGACCGACGUGGGCAUCACCCAUUUCCGCUCGGGCAUGUCGCACGAUGAAGAUCAGCUGAUCCCCAAUUUGUAUCGCUACAUUCAACCGUGGGAAGCAGAGUUCGUCGACUCGCAGCGCGUCUGGGCCGAGUACGCGCUCAAACGGCAGGAGGCCAAUGCACAAAACAGACGUCUAACACUAGAAGAUUUGGAGGAUUCAUGGGACCGAGGCAUUCCGAGAAUCAACACAUUGUUCCAAAAGGACAGACACACCCUCGCCUACGAUAAGGGAUGGCGUAUACGUACGGAGUUCAAACAGUAUCAGGUCCUAAAACAGAACCCGUUCUGGUGGACGCACCAGCGGCACGACGGCAAGCUGUGGAACCUGAACAAUUACCGCACGGACAUGAUCCAGGCUCUGGGCGGCGUCGAGGGCAUCCUCGAGCACACACUCUUCAAGGGAACCUACUUCCCCACUUGGGAGGGUCUCUUCUGGGAGAAGGCGUCCGGUUUCGAAGAGUCGAUGAAGUACAAGAAGCUGACCAACGCCCAGCGGUCCGGUUUGAACCAGAUCCCCAACCGUCGGUUCACACUGUGGUGGUCACCCACCAUCAACCGAGCCAACGUGUACGUCGGUUUCCAGGUACAACUGGACUUGACUGGCAUCUUCAUGCACGGCAAAAUCCCGACGCUCAAGAUCUCGCUCAUCCAGAUAUUCAGAGCUCACUUGUGGCAGAAGGUCCACGAGUCUAUCGUCAUGGACUUGUGUCAGGUGUUCGAUCAAGAACUGGACGCCCUGGAGAUUGAGACGGUGCAGAAGGAGACCAUCCACCCUCGGAAGUCCUACAAGAUGAACUCGUCAUGUGCUGACAUCCUGCUGUUCUCCGCUUACAAGUGGAACGUCUCGCGGCCCUCACUGCUCGCUGACACCAAAGACACAAUGGACAACACGACAACCCAGAAGUACUGGCUGGACAUCCAGCUGCGGUGGGGCGACUACGACUCGCACGACGUGGAGCGGUACGCUCGCGCCAAGUUCCUGGACUACACCACCGAUAACAUGUCCAUCUACCCAUCGCCCACCGGCCUGCUCAUUGCCAUCGACUUGGCUUAUAACUUGCACAGUGCCUACGGCAACUGGUUCCCUGGCUGCAAGCCGCUGAUCCAGCAGGCGAUGGCGAAGAUAAUGAAGGCCAACCCCGCGCUGUAUGUGCUGCGCGAGCGCAUCCGCAAGGCUUUACAACUGUACUCCAGUGAGCCGACCGAGCCGUAUCUAUCGUCGCAGAACUACGGAGAACUGUUCUCGAAUCAGAUUAUUUGGUUCGUCGACGACACGAACGUAUACCGCGUGACGAUCCACAAGACGUUCGAGGGCAAUCUGACGACCAAGCCGAUCAACGGGGCAAUCUUCAUAUUCAACCCGCGGACAGGACAGCUGUUCCUCAAGAUUAUCCACACCAGCGUGUGGGCCGGACAGAAGCGUCUUGGACAGCUCGCCAAAUGGAAGACCGCCGAAGAAGUAGCGGCGUUGAUUCGUUCGCUACCGGUGGAAGAACAGCCCAAACAGAUCAUUGUCACCAGAAAGGGAAUGUUGGACCCUCUUGAGGUGCACUUGCUCGACUUCCCGAACAUCGUGAUCAAGGGCUCGGAGCUGCAGCUGCCGUUCCAGGCUUGCCUGAAGGUGGAGAAGUUCGGCGACCUCAUCCUGAAAGCCACCGAGCCUCAGAUGGUGCUGUUCAACUUAUACGAUGACUGGUUGAAGACCAUCUCUUCCUACACUGCGUUCAGCCGUCUGAUCCUCAUCCUGCGAGCUCUGCACGUGAACACGGAGCGAACCAAGGUCCUGCUGAAGCCUGACAAGACGACGCUCACGGAGCCGCACCACAUCUGGCCGACGCUGUCCGACGACGACUGGAUCAAGGUGGAAGUCCAGCUCAAGGACCUCAUCCUCGCCGAUUAUGGCAAGAAGAACAACGUCAACGUCGCCUCGCUCACUCAGUCCGAGAUCCGCGACAUCAUCCUGGGCAUGGAGAUAUCGGCGCCGUCUGCGCAGCGGCAGCAGAUCGCCGAGAUCGAGAAGCAGAGCAAGGAACAGAGCCAGCUCACUGCCACCACCACUAGAACGGUCAACAAGCAUGGUGAUGAGAUCAUCACCUCUACCACCAGCAAUUACGAGUCUCAGACAUUCAGCUCAAAGACGGAAUGGCGCGUGCGAGCGAUAUCUGCAACCAACCUCCACCUGCGCACGAACCACAUCUACGUGAGCUCGGACGACAUCAAGGAGAGCGGCUACACCUACAUCCUGCCCAAGAACCUGCUCAAGAAGUUCGUCACCAUAUCCGACUUGCGAGCACAGAUCGCGUGCUACCUAUACGGCACAUCUCCAGCCGACAACCCGAUGGUCCGCGAGGUGCACUGCGCUGUGCUCCCACCGCAGUGGGGCACGCAUCAGCAGGUGCACCUGCCGCGCGCGCUGCCUAAACACCCUGCGCUGGCGCAUCUACAGCCGCUCGGGUGGAUGCACACACAGCCCAAUGAACUGCCGCAACUGUCGCCACAGGACAUCACGACACACGCGAAAGUAAUGGCAGAGAAUCCAUCUUGGGACGGCGAAAAGACGAUUAUCAUAACGUGCUCGUUCACGCCCGGCUCCUGCUCGCUCACUGCGUACAAGCUCACGCCCAGCGGGUACGAGUGGGGGUCACGCAACACCGAUAGAGGAAACAACCCCAAGGGCUACCUCCCCAGCCAUUAUGAAAGAGUGCAAAUGUUGCUGUCUGACCGGUUCCUCGGCUACUUCAUGGUGCCCUCACAGGGCAGUUGGAAUUAUAAUUUCAUGGGUGUAAGACACGACCCCAACAUGAAAUACGGCGUGCAGCUGGGCAACCCUCGCGAGUUCUACCAUGAGGUACACCGACCGGCACACUUCAUGAACUUCGCCGCGAUGGAAGACGCCACCGCGCCCACGCUCGCCGCGGACAGAGAAGACUUCUUCGCUUAGAUCCUGUGUGUCAGAUUUGAAAUGUAAUAAUAAGGAAACUUUGUUGUACAUAAGACUACUAAAGUUUUAAUAAAUUUCAUAACCUGUUUUA